AUGCCUGUGUCUUCCAGGGCUGCUCCGACAACGCAAGCCCCAGGAACCCCCUUUGGACAAGGGCCUGUGCCCUUGCUCGGCCAUGCCAUGGCUUUCCGGAAGAAUGCGUUUGAAUUCUUGAAAGGAAUGUGGACUAAGCAUGGGGAUGUGUUCACAGUGCAGCUAGGGGGCCAAUACUUCACCUUUAUCAUGGACCCCCUGUCCUUUGGCCCUAUCAUCAAGGAAUCACAGAAGAAACUAGACUUUGUGAAGUACUCACAACAACUGGUGCUAAAGGUAUUUGGAUAUCAGUCGGUGGAGGGGGACAUUCAGAUGAUACACUUAGCCAGUACCAAGUAUCUGAUGGGCGCUGGCUUGGAGGUUCUCAAUACAGCCAUGCUGGACAGCCUGUCCUUGGUGAUGCUGGGACCCAAAGGCUGGAGUCCAGACGCCAGUUGCUGGCAUGAGGAUGGCCUCUUUCACUUCUGCUACAACAUCUUGUUCAAGGCUGGCUACCUGAGCUUGUUUGGCUACACAAAGGACAAGGAACAGGACCUGCUACGGGCAGAGGAGAUAUUCGUGAAGUUCCGCAGAUUCGAUCUCCUUUUUCCCAGGUUUGUCUACAAUUUACUGGGGCCCCGGGAGUGGCUAGAAGUGGCUCAACUCCAGCAUCUCUUUCACAAGACACUGUCUGUGAAACACAGCCUGGAGAGGGAUAGCAUGAGCACCUGGUUAUGCUACAUGCUUCGGCGUCUGAGGGAGCAGGGAAUAGCUCCAGCUAUGCAGGACAAAUUCAUCUUCAUGAUGCUGUGGGCCUCCCAGGGGAACACAGGGCCCACUUCCUUCUGGGCCCUCUUAUUCCUCAUGAAACACCCAGAAGCCAUGCAAGCUGUGAGGGAGGAGGCCAUCCAGGUCCUGGGUGAGGCCAGGCUGGAACCCAAGAAGUUCUUCUCCUUCAAAUUCAGUGCCCUGAAACACACCCCAGUCCUGGACAGUGUGAUGGAAGAAACCCUGCGUCUGAAGGCUGCACCCACCCUCUUUAGGGUGGUGGAGAGUGAUUAUACCCUGAAGAUGGCCAGUGGGCAGGAGUACCUGUUACGCCGUGGAGAUAAAGUAGCCCUUUUUCCCUACCUCUCAGUGCACAUGGACCCUGAAAUCCACCCUGAGCCUACAACCUUCAAGUAUGAUCGAUUCCUCAACUCCAAUGGCAGCCGAAAAGUGGAUUUCUAUAAAGCAGGCAAGAAGAUCCACCACUACAUCAUGCCUUGGGGCUCAGGUGUCUCCAUCUGCCCUGGCAGGUUCUUUGCCCUCAGUGAGAUAAAGCUCUUUGUAUUGCUCAUGGUCACAUACUUUGACCUGGUGCUGGUAGACCCUGAUAUACCUGUGCCCCCUUGUGACCAGACCGGUGGGGCUUUGGCAUCUCACAGCCCAGCUAUGAGGUGUGCUUCCGCUACCGCCUGA